AUAGCGUUACCCAGCGAUAUGGAUGUAUCAACACCAUUUUACCAUUUUAGAAAAAGCUCCAUGACAGUGAUGGUACACUCCUCCUAGUUUAUUUCCAACAAUGCAAGUCCUCCUCCACCAACAAGUCACCGUAAAGGGCCAUACAGCAUUACGAAAACUGCACAUCUCCUGCUGCGAUGCCUCCUCGGUGGUCUUCUACUGGAACUCUCUUAUCCAACGUGCAGUGCGUCUCCGAUCCUUCCACCAUGCUUUUCAACUUUACAUCACUAUGAGAACCCUAAAUUGCCCUCCUGACGGCUACACCUUCCCCUUCCUUCUCAAGGCCUGCGGACACCUCCCCUCCUUCCGCCGUGGUGCCUCCUUGCACGGGAAUGUUUUCGUUUUCGGCUUUCAGAGUAAUGUCUUUGUAGCUAAUGCCUUGGUACCCAUGUACGCUCGCUGUGGUCAUUUGGACUAUGCACGCCAGGUGUUCGACCAAAUGCUUAGCAGCAGCAUUGCUGACGUCAUCUCCUGGAACUCCAUCAUUGCUUCUUAUAUGCAGAGUGGUGACUCCAAAACGGCGGUGCGGAUGUUUUACCGAAUGAAUUCUCUGGAUGAAAAUCUAAAUAUUUGGCCUGAUGCUGUUAGCCUUUGUAACAUACUUCCUGCGUUUUCUGCGCUUCGUGCGUCUAUACAAGGGAAGGAAGUUCAUGGUUAUGCCGUGAGGACCAACCUCGUUAAGGAUCUGUAUGUGGGUAAUGCAAUUGUGGACAUGUAUGCGAAAUGUGGGUUGAUUGAUGACGCGCAUAAAGUUUUCAACCGCAUGGAGGUGAAAGAUGUGGUUUCCUGGAAUACAAUGGUUACUGGGCUUUCGCAAAUCGGUAGAUUUGAAGAUGCUCUCGCGUUGUUUGAGAAGAUGAGAGGAGAGAAUAUUGAACUGGAUGUGGUAACAUGGAGUGCUGUGAUUGCUGGUUAUGCUCAAAGAGGCUAUGGUUAUGAAGCACUUGAUGUUUUCAGGCAAAUGGUAGUUUCUGGAUCAGAACCGAAUGUUGUUACCCUUGUUUCGCUGCUAUCAGGUUGUGCGUGUGCAGGAGCAGGAGCAUUGCUUCAAGGGAAGGAGAUCCACGGUUAUGCUGUUAAACGGCUUCUGAACAUAAUUAAGAACGACUAUGGAGAGGAACAGAUGGUGAUCAAUUCUCUGAUCGACAUGUAUGCGAAAUGCAAAGCAGACGAUCUUGCACGUAAGAUUUUUGAUAAUGUUGCUCCGGUGAAUAGAAAUGUAGUCACGUGGACUGUAAUGAUUGGUGGGUAUUCGCAACAUGGUGGGGCUAACGAUGCGCUACAACUAUUUUCACAUAUGGUUAAACAAAACAAACCCACAAAGCCGAAUAGUUUUACAAUAUCAUGUGCCCUUAUGGCCUGUGCUCGUCUUGCUGCUUUACGGCUCGGUAGGCAGAUUCAUGGUUAUGUACUCCGCCACCGGUACGGAAAAUCUGAGGAGUUAUUUGUCGACAACUGUCUCAUUGACAUGUAUGUUAAAUCAGGCGAUGUUGAUGCGGCCCGUGUCGUGUUUAACAACAUGAACCAAACAAAUGUCAUCUCGUGGACGUCUCUGUUGACGGGGUAUGGAAUGCACGGUCGUGGUUCGGAGGCGAUUGAGCUUUUUAACGCGAUGAGAAACGCGGGAGUGCCAAUUGAUGGUGUGACAUUUGUUAUCUUUUUCUAUGCUUGUAGCCACUCGGGUUUGGUUGACAAGGGGUUGGAGUAUUUCAAGACCAUGACACGAGAAUUUGGGAUUGUUCCUGGGGUUGAACAUUACGCGUGCAUGGUCGAUCUUUUGGGGCGGGCCGGUCGGUUGGAGAAGGCUAUGGAGAUCAUUAACCAGAUGCCUAUGGAGCCCGGCCCAGUAGUGUGGGUCGCGUUACUCGGUUCGUGUAGGGUUCAUACAAAUGUAGAAUUAGGGGAAUAUGCUUCUAGUAAGUUGUUAGAAUUAGGGUAUGAGAAUGAUGGAACAUACACACUUCUUUCAAACAUAUAUGCAAACGCUAAGCGUUGGAAAGACGUAGCUCGGGUUCGGUUCUUGAUGAAAGAUACCGGGAUUAAAAAGAGGCCCGGGUGCAGUUGGGUCCAGGGAAAAACGGGCACUGCCUCGUUCUAUGUCGGGGAUAAAACGCACCCACUUUCGAAAGAGAUAUAUAAUCUUCUUGGUGAUCUGAUGUAUCAAAUUAAAGCCCUUGGGUACGUUCCGGAUACGAAUUAUGCUCUCCAUGAUGUAGAUGAUGAGGAGAAAGGUGAUUUCCUUGUUGAACACAGUGAGAAGUUGGCACUUGCAUAUGGGAUUUUGACAACGGCUCCUGGUGUGCCAAUUAGGAUCACGAAAAACUUGCGGGUUUGUGGUGACUGUCACAUUGCCAUCACCUACAUAUCCAAGAUCAUUGAUCAUACGGUAAUAUUGAGGGAUUCGAGUCGUUUUCAUCAUUUUAAGAACGGGUAUUGCUCCUGCAAAGGAUUUUGGUGAAGAAAAUGUAAAUUUAGAUGAGUUAUUGACUCCAAAACUACACUGCUACCAUUUGUAUACUCUCCUACAGUUCCUUGAUAUUUAAAAAAAAAAAAAAAAAGUUCAUGUGUUCAGAAUCUUGAUUUUGUCUUCUAGUUUGACAUGAAACUACCAUCUCCAAAAAGAGAUCUCAUUGUAUUAUAAGUUAAUUGGUCACCCGUAUGAUGCCAUUUGUGUAUAUAUGUAUGUAUGUAUAUACGGUGUCAUUAAUUAUAUAUGUAACCAUUUCUAA